AUGAAAGAUCUAGAUAAGACAAAAUUUUGUCUUGGCCUACAAAUUGAGCAUUUGUCAAAUGGAAUAUUUGUCCAUCAAUCAACAUACACUGAAAAGGUUUUAAAGCGUUUUUACAUGGAUAAAUCACAUCCAUUGAGUACCCCGAUGGUUGUGAGAUCGCUUGACAUAAAUAAAGAUCCAUUUCGACCUAAGGAAAAUGAUGAAGAGCUCAUUGGUGAUGAAACUCCAUAUCUCAGUGCAAUUGGGGCAUUGAUGUAUCUAGCCAAUAAUACCCGACCAGAUAUAUGUUUUGCAGGGAGUUUAUUGGCAAGAUUCAGCUCCUCCCCAACAAAAAGACAUUGGAAUGGUGUUAAGCAUAUAUUCAAAUAUCUUCAAGGAACAAUUGAUGUGGGAUUAUUUUAUUCUUAUGAAUCCAAGUCAGAUAUGAUCGGUUUUGCAGAUGCAGGAUAUUUGUCUGACCCACAUAAAGUCCGAUCUCAAACAGGCUAUUUAUUUACAUAUGGAGGUACAACUAUAUCAUGGCGUUCGAUGAAAUAA